GGGAUAGAAAAGGGGAUCGCCCUGUGCCCCCAGCCUUCUCUUUUCUCCCCUCUCUCAUCGUCUUCUCCCCAUCUCUCUCUCUCUCUUAUAUUCCCUCUCAUCUCCCUCCUUAUAUUGAGCCGACUGGACGCCCUGUCUGUAUAUAUACCAUCCAUAGACUUCUCUCGUCGUUCCUGUAUAAAAGCCAUCGAAUUCAAUUUUUUCCCUCCUGAAUUGUGGACGUUGAUUUCAAGUCGAGGUGUUUUUUAUUGUUGGGAAUCAAAGGAAGGUUGGGGGUUCUAUUGUGGCGGUUGCCGUUGUGGCAGAUCUUUGGUUGAUGAGCGUAGAGAGAGCGAUCUGACGUCGGGGAAGAUGACGGAUCAAGGUUUAGAAGGAAGUCAGCCCGUUGAUCUAUCUAAGCAUCCCUCUGGCAUAGUGCCUACCUUACAAAAUAUUGUUUCAACCGUCAAUUUGGACUGCAAGCUGGAUCUUAAGGCAAUAGCUUUGCAAGCUCGAAAUGCUGAAUAUAAUCCAAAGCGUUUUGCUGCUGUUAUAAUGAGAAUAAGAGAACCUAAGACAACUGCCUUGAUAUUUGCUUCCGGGAAGAUGGUAUGCACUGGAGCAAAAAGUGAGCAACAAUCUAAACUGGCAGCAAGAAAGUAUGCUCGCAUCAUCCAGAAACUUGGGUUUCCUGCCAGAUUCAAGGAUUUCAAGAUCCAGAACAUUGUAGGUUCUUGUGAUGUCAAAUUCCCUAUCAGAUUGGAAGGUCUUGCGUAUUCUCAUGGUGCCUUCUCCAGUUAUGAGCCAGAGUUAUUCCCUGGGUUGAUUUAUCGGAUGAAACAGCCUAAGAUUGUCCUGCUCAUAUUUGUUUCCGGCAAAAUUGUUCUAACUGGUGCUAAGGUGAGAGAUGAAACAUAUAUGGCCUUUGAGAAUAUCUACCCAGUGCUGACAGAGUUCAGAAAAGUCCAACAGUGAUAUGGAGCCUGGGACUGGUUUUUGCUGCCCGUUUCGAGGGUCCCAUGGUUUCGGUAAUGGACCCAUUGUUGCGGAACCAUUACGCAACCUUCUGGUCGCUGCUUAUGCUGAGGAGGAGUGCAAUUGUAAAUAUCUGAACCCUUACUAGCAGCUUUUAGGUGGUGAGCUGUUUUUCAUUACGAUGACUUGUGUUUCCUGCUAUUCCCUCGAGGGACUUAAUUUAGCUCAGGAUCUCGUGUGGAUGAGAACUAACGUGAAAGAGGGUUGGGAAAAAUGCAAUUGGACUGUGCUUAUGAGCUUUUUAUUCUUCCAUUGUAACAUUGAUCCGAUCUAAUAUAUGUUGUUGGGUGGCAA